CAAAAAAUAUAAUGAAGAAUGGAGAAUUGAAUGAAUGAAUGACAAUUAGAACGAGUAUUUGUUAAAGCAAUUAAAAUAAAAUAACCACAGACAUGAAUUUACGUCGGCGAAAAUGGGACGGCGGAGACAAAGAUCGCUUAUAACAAAACAAACCAAAUUCCAAGAUUUUUGCCUGUGAAAUUCGUUAGCAGUCUUUCAUGGAAAAGGGGAAAUCCAAAUAUUCUGCAGGAACAGUGACCACUUCUUUGCGGGUUCUCCACUUGGAUAAUAAUUCAAAAUCAACCCCAAAUUCGGUUGCUUUCCCUCUUCAAUCUCAAUCGUUUAGUACCAAUAAGAGAAAGGCGCCAACCUUAUUGAGUUUGUGUCUGGGAGUCGUAGGUUGCAAUCUUGAAGACAUCAUUGAUGACUUUGCCGAGAUUGCCAUCGCGUUCCCUUCCGAUAUUAAGAUGGUAUUGGUGGCUAUUGCGAGAAGAAGAAAGCUGCUGAAUGAUGAUUUCUUGGUUGCCUUAGUCGAUAGUUCAUGGGAGAUAUUAGAUAUGUCUGGUUCAGAUGUUUCGGAUUCUGGGCUUUCUCAUGUUGUAAACAUCUGCCAUAACCUAAAAGCAAUCGAUAUAAGGCUUUGCACAAGACUGACACCAACAGGAGUUUCCGAACUUCUCCAGCGUUGUCGUUCACUAGAGAUAUUGAGAUGGGGAGGUUGCGCGAGGAGCGACUCUGUCGUUCGCAGAUGUUUGAGUCUCUUAGAGCCUAACCUCAAUGACGUGGCUGGAGACUCGUGGGAGGAUCUUGAUGCAGUGGAGCUGAUUCAAGGUGCCUCACUUCGUUGGCUUGUCUGGCCAACAAUCGACAAGGAUUCCCAGGAGACCUUAACUUUUGAAUGUCCGCGGAUUGUAGUAAAUCCGAAGCCAUCCCUUUUGGGUUACAGGGGAACUGAAGUUCCACAAGAAGCAUUAAUGCAGCUUGUAUUAGAUGACCUUAUUGUUAAAGAUGUCGAUCCAAAAACUUGGGCUGUUUCUGGAUGCAAUCUAUCUAGGACUGCACUUCUACCAGUUGCAUCUCCUAAUGAACUAUCUAUUGCUGAAAAAUUUAGGCUAGCAUUCCUGGAUAGAGAUACUCGGUUAGCACCAAAGAGAGCAAAAAAUACGAGGCAACAUCAACGACGUGCUGAGAGGGAAUGGGUGACGAUGGAUAUGAAGGCAAAAGCAUUAGUGCUUGCUUCCAAGGCUAACAGAUCGAUGAACCACCGGAAUUUGUAAGAAAAAUUCCCCGGGUAAAAAUUGCAGUUUGUUUUGCUCAAAAGUCAGCCUUAAGUUUGGAUGGUUUGCCCAAUUUGAAGCCAUAUAUGUUUAGCAAUGUGAAUGGGAUGUGAUUUACUCGUGAGUUGGUUUCAUGUUCGAGCUUUAUUUGCCUUUGCCUUUGUUAGGGCAUCUCCAUCAUGAUCCACAAUAGAUCGUGGAAUAGAAUUGUACUCAACUUUUUCUAUUUCGGUAGUCAAUUAUGUUAUUAGGUCACACUAUUAUAGAUAUAACUAGUAUUCCACCCGUGCAUCGUGCAUAUGCACGGGGUAAAUUAUUGUAGUUUUUUUUAUAAGGUUAAUUAAUUAUAUAUUAAUUAA